AUGGAAAGUGGCGACGUCUAUAGCUGGGGUGAUCCACGGUAUCAAUCUCUCGGUCGACGGAUCGUGGGAGACGACUCGACUCCGGCUGACAAGCCCGGCAUUGUUGAUGCGCUAGCUGGAGUGAGGAUGGCGCAGAUCGCGAGUGGAGGAUGGAUGAGUGCAGCGGUAUCUGAAGAUCACGCGAUGUAUCUCUGGGGCGCUGGGAUGCCCGGCUCAGAGAAGCGGAUACGGUGUCUCCCGAGUCCGGGUGAAGUGGGGUUAGUUUGUGUGGCGGAAAGUAGUGAUGGGGAGCCGUUGGAUGUAGUAGAUGUGAGUGUAGGUGAUGGUCACGUCGCUGCAGUCGCUGCGGAUGGCGAACGCAAGCGCAUCUUUAUUGUGGGAGACAACAAAUAUGGCCAGCUCGGUGCUGGCUCCGUGGCAGACUUUGUGGACGAGUGGAGUGAGAUCGUUCUUAGUCCGGACGUCCAGGUCCAGCGUGUCGUCUGCGGAUCCAAAGCCACAUUCAUUACCACCGCUCCAUCUGACGGACAGUGA